AACAGCAGUAGUGUCAGAAAGUGCUAAGAAAAUUAGGAAGAUGGAAAAUGUAGUGGACAUAAACUUCCCUGCCGGUUCUCUGGUUCCAAAAAAUGAAACCGGAGCUCUGAACUUUAUACGCAAGUAUCCGGAUUACGAUGGGAGAGGUGUUACCAUCGCCAUCCUGGACUCCGGUGUCGAUCCACGAGCUAAAGGACUGGAGAAAAUUCCUGGCGGAGAGGUUAAAGUAAUUGAACGAUUCGACUGUUCUGGUUGUGGUGAUGUAGAUACUAGCAAAAUCGUCACGGCUGCGCCGGACGGGACCAUCGUGGGGUUGUCCGGUAGAGUUCUUCGGUUGUCCAAAAUGAUGGAACAGGAUAAUGUGGGCGGUGAGUUUCGCAUUGGGAUCAAAAGUAUGCAUGACUUGUACCCUUCGAGGAUCCGCGAGAAGAUUGUGGCAGAUUCUAAGCUGAAAAAGUGGGACGAACCGCACAAAAGGGCCGUCGCUGAGGCGAGCCGUGACUUGGCCGAGUUUGAUGCCAAAAAUCAAGCCACACAAAACUUGUCGUUGAAAGAGAAGCUAACGAAGGAAAAUCUAGACUGUACGCUGGAGUUUUUAAACUCGUCUGAGAAGAAGUAUUCCGACUUGAAAACUACCUACGACUGUGUUCUGUUUCUGUCCAAAAGCGGCUGGGUAGCGGUGAUUGACGUCACAGAAUGUGGUGAUCUGGAGAACGCGGUACACGUUCGAGAGUACAGCUCGACACAUGAGAUGGCUAAUCUGGACGAUUUUCUCUCCAUAUCGAUCAACGUACAUGAUGAGGGCGAUGUGCUGGAAAUUGUCGGAAUGUGCUCAAGUCACGGUACCCACGUUGCCUCAAUUGCUAGUGGUUACCACGAGGACAACCCAGAGUUGAACGGAGUUGCACCGGCUGCUAAAAUUGUUUCUCUGACCGUCGGAGAUGGUCGGCUGGGAUCAAUGGAGACUGGAACCGCGCUGGUACGUGCCAUUAUUAAAGUGAUGGAGCUUUGCGAAGCUGGACGGAAAAUUGAUGUGAUCAAUAUGAGUUACGGCGAGCAUGGUCAUUGGUCAAACUCCGGCCGCGUUGGGGAGCUGAUGAGUGAACUUGUCAAUAAGUACGGUAUCGUGUGGGUGGUAUCGGCUGGAAAUCACGGUCCUGCUCUUUGCACGAUUGGAACUCCACCGGAUAUAAGUCAACCAUGUUGCGUAGGAGUUGGCGCUUAUGUUUCGCCAGAUAUGAUGGAAGCCGAAUACAGUCUUCGGGAAAAGCUGCCGGGAAAUGUGUACACCUGGACUUCUCGAGAUCCAUGCAUUGAUGGAGGCUUUGGAGUGACAGUAUGUGCUCCGGGAGCUGCCAUUGCUUCUGUUCCACAAUUCACGAUGUCCAAAGCGCAGUUGAUGAAUGGAACCAGUAUGGCCGCACCACACGUGGCCGGUUCGGUUGCAGUUAUAGUAUCUGGAUUGAAGCAAAGAAACAUCAACUACACAGCAUUUAGUAUUAAAAGAGCCCUCUGGAACACUGCCACAAAAAUCGAUUAUGUAGAUAAAUUUGCCCAGGGUAAUGGUUUACUGAAUGUGGAGAAAGCAUUUGAGAAUUUGACUACCUAUUCCGGGUUGGUCGAGAACAAUCUCCGCUUUGCCGUUACUGUUGGAACAAACGGAGCAAAGGGAAUCCACAUUCGACGUGGAUUGCUGACCAAACCGGAAGAGUUUAGCGUUAACAUCGAGCCAGUGUUUUUCAACGAUAAAUAUACAUCUUCCGCCUAUAAAAUCAGUUUCAACGUAAGACUGACACUCAUCCCCUCGGAGCCGUGGAUUCAAUGUGGAUCAUUUUUGGAUCUCUGCUACAGCACGCGGUCAAUCAUCGUAAGGAUAGAUCCGACUGGAUUGGCUCCCGGAGUGCAUAAAGCAAGUGUCAAAGCUUUCGACUCCUCUUGCGUGGACAAGGGAGUUUUGUUCGAGAUUCCCAUCACCGUUGUUCAACCGAUUGUCGUUAGUCCGACAACAUUGGAAUACACUAGCCCGGAGGCAAUAACCUGCAAACCAAAUACCAUUUUGCGCAAUUUUCUCCUAGUCCCGAAAAAUGCCACCUGGGCAGUGCUUGAAAUGAUUUCAACCGACAAAAACGAUUCGGUGGGCGGUAAAUUUCUAAUCCAUACGAUGCAAAUUCUUCCAAUGAGAUUUUGUAAAGCGAUGGAAACGCAGAAAAUUCUACCCGUGAACAGUGCGGCAACUACGGUGUACCCGUUUGUCUGCAAGGGCGAUAACAUUCUGGAGGUUUGCAUAGCCAAAUACUGGUCGAACUUCGGAACCGUGCCACUUAAGUAUUCCAUAAAGUUUCAUGGCAUCGCGCCUUCAAAUGGAGGUAUAAUGCACAGCGCGAACGGUAUUCACCGAAUCGAUCUGACUACUCUCUCAACAGAGGAAGUAUUACCAUCGGUUUCACUGAAAUCAGCGAUGAUGGUGCUAAAACCUUCCGACAGUAAGAUUACGCCUCUCUCGGAACGAGACGUGAUCCAUCCGGGUCGCCAAAUCUAUCAAAAUGUGCUAUCGUACAGUUUGCAUUUAAAUAAAAGUCAAGAAGUUGCAUUUUAUGCACCGUUAUUCAGUAGUGUUCUAUACGAGAGUGAGUUCGAAUCACAGUUCUGGAUGAUCUUUGAUGCGAACAAGAUGAUGGUUGGUUGCGGCGAUGCGUAUUCUAACAGCAACUAUCUAAAGUUGGAAAAGGGCGAUUACACAAUUCGGUUGCAGGUCCGCCACGAUAAAAAAGAAUUGUUGGAGAAGGUGGCAGAAGCAAAUCUGCUGGCAAACAUAAAACUUGCCAACACACUUUCAGUAGACGUUUAUAAGUCGUACAAUCAGGCGAUUGUCAAUGGGAAAAAAAUGGUGACUUACAUCUUUUACCCAGGUGUAACACAUCCUGUCUAUCUGGCACCGAUUUCCAGUGAUAGGCUGCAGAAAGCUUCGUUACCCAAUCAGUGUUCUUGGCUAGAAGGAACAAUAGUAUUUGCUAAGGAUGAGUUGGCCAAGAAAUGUGACUUCUAUAACUUCAUGUAUAUUCUUACCGAGGGACCCCCUGUGAAGAAAAACGGGAACUCUCCCAAUUCAAAGGAAACCAAGAGUAAAUUCGAAGAGUACAGUGAAGGGUUACGCGACUAUCAGGUCGCACAGAUCGCCAAACUGGAUCCGGAGAAUGCCGAGGCGGUCUACAAGACAGUACUGAAGGACAAUCCGAACUUCCCGGCUGCCCAUCUGGCGUUCAUUGAUAAUCUGGACAACAGCGAUCUGAAGACAAACCUGCCGCUAAACUUUGCCGCUGGUUUGGAAAAGGAAGAAAACGGCGCUGCAGCUGCUGCUUUGCUGAAGGUAAAAUUGCUCAAAAUCAUCGAGCUGGCUGAUCUGGUGCUGAAGGACAUUGAACAAAACGCGUUGCUGGCAUACUACGGAAUGAAGACGGACAAUCGACAAAAUGCGGCUAAAAUCAAAACUCAGAUGGACAAGCAGAAACAACAACUGCUGGAGGCGUCCCAGAAAAAACUGAUAGCACUCUGCAAAUUGCGUAUUAUUAAGACCAUUGUGGACACCAACGAAGUGCCCGGUGAGCCCGAUGCCGAAAAGCUGGAGGAAAUCGAUCAGAUAUUCGGUGACGUAGGCAAAUUUAUCGACUACAAUGAUUCGAAGGUCCUCUUGGUUUCGAUUUGGCAUGCGUUCACCCAGAAGCAGCAUGGUCGCAUGCUGAAAUAUCUCGGCAAGCUGUACGAAGAGAAACUGGCCUGGGAGGUUCUCGAUGAGACUAUCCGGGUGGUCGGUGAACAGAAGUGGUCCCAUGUAGAGCAGCUGCUGAAAAAAGUGAUUGUUACCUCCAACCCUCAGGGAUAUCGAUUGUUUUAGGUUGAUGACGCAAACAAAGAAAUAACAGAAAAUCCUCGAAUGCUCAUUUCGAGCAGGACGGGAAAUAUUUUAGCUAAUCGUUUCCGUUAUAGGCAAAAUAAGUCUUGUAAACAGUUCAUUGUUCAUAUUUUGCAAUAACGAGACUCACAGGUACUCCUUACUAAUUAAAACUGCGAAAGUUCUGAUGAUAAGAGACAGAGAAACGAAGGAAAAGCAGUACCCAAGAUCUCAACACGUUUAAAUGAAAUUGAUAAGACUUUAUGCUGGAGUUUAUUUCGAUGGUAAACUCAUUAGAGUAAAGUUGUAAAUCAACAAUGUGAGUGGCGGGUUGAACGCAUGUAGCAUAGCUUUUCUAGAUUUUUCAUAUUCAAGUAUUGUAUAUUGCAAUUUCCCGAGGAAGAAAAGGGUUUACAAAGUACAUAGCAGGAAAAGAUUAGUUAGGCACAGAACUUAUAACUCGUAUCUUCGAUUUCACUAAUGCUGCUUACAGUAUAGUCAACAUAAACCAUCCAACUUUAAAAUGCGUAUGUAGUUCAUGUCUUUUAUCUGGAAGAAUUAUUGUAGAUAAAAUUCAGUAGGAUGAUUAAUCAAUAAUACUAAACUAACCAAGAUUUCU